AUGGAGCAGAGUAUAGAUAAUGAUUUUGACUGGAAACUAACUUCAACCUCUAACAAAUCAGACACAGGACCUCAGUAUGAUCAUACAGGAAACCUUGAUGGGGAAGGGAUGUUCUUAUGGUCAGACUCGAGAGAUGCAUGCCCUGGUUCGAAGGCUACUAUAGCAACCCCUCCAUUUAGUAUGACACGCGAUCAAACAUUGGUUUCUUUCUGGUAUCAUAUAUACGGGGAUGGAAGACUUGAGAUUGCUGAAUGUCAAGGAGGGAAUGUGGUUCUUAGUCUAAAUGGACAUGUUGGACAUGUUGGAGAUCAGGGAAACCAAUGGCAUGAACAAAAGAUGUCAGUGUAUUGUGCAAACCAACCAGUUCAGAUAUCUUUCACAUCAACGAUAAUAUCAGAGUUGUCCGAUGUGGGGAUCGACGAUAUCUUCAUCAAUUACAUUCCACUGCGGACAACCGCCGAGCCAGUAUUUACUUCUUCAACAUCUUCGGCUUCAUCUCCACAUUCUGUUACGUCACGUUCCAAUUUUCCAACAUCGCACAUUGCUACGUCAACAGAGACAACUGGUCCAUCAUCCUCACCAUUGACCUGUCCCGAAUCAUGUAGAGCAUUGGCGAUUGGUUUUGGCGUCUUCUCACUGUUUCUGCUUACGUUUGGGGUUGUGAUCACCCUACUCUACAUAAAGCUUAGGUUUGCUUUCUCAAAAAUCAAAGAGCAGCAGCAAGAGAGCCCAUAUAUGGAUUUAAUGCCAUCUAGCACUCCAGCAGCAGUUUAUAAUACAUUGGGAACUGGUUCCGUGCCAAAGGUCGGGGAUGAAUUGUACGAGAACCAAUCGGUAGUGGCUCAGCACCAACAAAUGAAUCGGAUACCAACUAUCGGAGAUGACCCUGAAUAUGAAUUUGUGUUUUAAAAUAUUUUCAUAAACAUCGGGUUCUGAGGAAUAUUCCUCAACUGAAUGCCUUUAUGUAUGGCUACUGUUGUUGUGUUCAUUUCCGUAAGAUUAAAAAUAUCAUAAUAUUUUACAAAUAAAAAUGUACAGUAUACUAGCGAGAUAAAAUUACGACUGGUAGCCCAUAUUCAGCUGCAACUGUAAUUAUUGCUGGGGCCAGUGCAAUGUAAAACAAUUUAACAAAUCAUGACAUGAAAUAUAUCCAUUGAUAAUGAUAUAACGAAUUGAAAAAAAUAUAUAUGUACCAAAGUAAAACGUAUAUGAAAAGAAAUAUAUAUAUAUAUAUAUAGCUACAACUUUAAUAAAAACGAUAGUGUGUAAAGAUUUUGAAGGUGAUUUCUAAAGUUAGUUAGAGUGGGAAGGCGACGCAGAAUAGUGGGUAAUUUAUCAUAUUCUGAGGAAGCUCUGUACACGAAUCUUCCUUUCCAAUAAUUUGAAUUUGGUUAAGCUAAUGUAAGCAGGUUAAAAUUUCAGAGGGAAUGUAGAACAGAUUAAAAACCGAAUAUGUCUUUCAAAUAUUCUGGGGACAAUUUAUUUACUACUUUAUAAGUGAAGAGUAGGAGAUGUAUUUUUGACUGUCAAAUAGAGUUAAUUUGCCAGUCAAGGCGGCUGUGAAUUUGAUUCGGAGAAGAAUGAGAGUAUGGGUUAACAUUGGUUAUUAUUCGUCCAGCUAUGUUUGGGAUUUUCUGCAGUUGUGAUAAAAAAAGUGCUGGUAGACUGCCGAAUCACAUCACCAUAAUCAGAAUGGUGUAAUAAGAUAUAUUUAUAUACCUAUUUAAGUUCAGACAUGUUCGCAUACUGUCUUAAUCUACCUAGAUAACUGAUCAUUUUACUAAUCUUGCUACACAUCUCUUCGAUGUGUACAUCCCAUCGUAAUUUAUUAUCUACAUGAAUACCAAGAUAUUUAAAGCUGGUACUUGAGACAGCUGCUGAUCUUUGAAUUUUAUAUAAAAAAAAACUUUUUAAGCAUUUUUUUAUUUAUUUAUUAUUAUUCAUCCACGUUACUAGACUUUUAAACUCUUUAUUUAGGACAUUUUUCAAAACUUCCGGAUUUUUAUGCAAAUAAUGAAUGGCCGUGUCAUCUGCAUGAAGUUGAACUCGGCACUCA